AUGGGCAUGGCCGGGGCAACAUCGGCCCCAUAUCAGUCGAUUCCGAGUAGGCCCAGGAUAAGUGCAGCAGAAGUGUUACCAGCACCACAUCAAACCUUUUCCGGUGAGCAAGGAAUAAGUAUGGCUGGUGUGUCAUCGGGAACUGAUACAAUCAGAAUCGGAGCCUACAUUGCACGGCAGAACGCAAGUAGGGAGUAUUCAGUUCAGUUCACCAGGAGUUGGGCAGACUUGGGAGCCAACAGACUUUGUGACCGACUCGGUGCACUCAAGGAUAUGAAACGGAAAGGAGAUAAGUAUCGGUUUUCGACACCAAGGGGAAGAGGAAACAUCGAGUAUGGAGCCAGACCAUCAUCAUACGUUAUGACCUACUGUCGCUUUUGCGGGCAGUAUGGACAUCGAACUUCUGGCCAUUUCGCAACUUCGUGCCCUAUCACCCAUCUGGAGCUUAGGUUAGCUUCAGCCCACGUGCCAUCAACCUUUCCGGCUAGCGGUCAAGCAUCGGAACAUCAAACCUUAGGGGAUAGGUUAUGUUCUAGAUGUAGGAACCUUAGAACCCCAUUGCCCUAG